GUUUUAUUCAUUUGAUCAAAUACUUCGAAUAACGACAUUUGGUAAUUAGUUGCAACAAUGACUAAUCAGAAUUUAGAAAAUGGUACUGUUAUUGAAGAAAAGGAGAAAUUUACAGGAUUUACAAUAGAUUGUACAGAAAAAAAGAAAAGCAAAAAGGCAUUAUGGAUAUUCUACAUAUCUUUAUUUACAGCAAGUUCACUACUUGUAACAAACGGGAGCGUAAUGGUAUGGUCUUCACCGGUCCUUCCAAAAUUGUAUUCCAAUGAUACGGACAUAAAUCCAUUAUCAGAGCCAAUGACAUCUCUGGAAACUUCAAUAUUGAUGUCUUUAGCCGCAUUUGCCUCCAUUUUAGGUUUCAUUUUAAUGGCAAAAUUAUCAGAUGCUUUUGGGAGGAAACUAAGCAUGAGAGUGCUUGGCCUUGUAUAUGGUUGUUCUUUGACUGCCAUAGCUUUUGCAUCAAACCUUUAUAUCUACUAUAUAUUUUUCUUUUUGAACGGUUUUGUUGCAGCGGGAAUUUUAAUAAAUGUUUCAAUUUAUUGUAGUGAGAUUUCAGAAGACAAACAUAGAGCUUGGAUGGGCUGCGUAGUUGGCCUUAUGGUGCCAAUUGGUAACCUUCUUGGCUAUACAUUUGGAGCAAUAAUAGAUAGCGUAAAAUAUUUUACUCUUAUAAUAGCCCUUCCAGCAUUCCUUCACGUCGUGUUCUCAUUUUUCAUAGCAGAAUCUCCGACUUACUUAGUUGGUAAAAGAAGAAAGUCAGAAGCCUUAGACGCAUUAAAACAUUUGAGGAAGUACAGUACAGUUGUAAGCGCUGAGUUAGAGUACGAAUCUAUAGAAAUUUUUAAUUCUGGUGACACAACUGAUAAGAAUACAAUUGUUGGGUUGUUUAGUAGUCCUGGUUUAAAGAAAGGUUUGUUUUUAGGUUUUACAUUAUUUGCUACACAGCAACUUACAGGUGUUCCAACUAUGUUGGCCUAUUUGGGCUCAAUUUUUAAUGAAGCGGGUUCAACGCUGUCUAGUGAUGUAGUUGGUAUAAUAUUUGGAGCAGCUCAAAUUACAGUCACACUUCUAGCUACGUUUAUUGUAAAUCGUUUUGGUAGACGUCCGUUAUUAUUAUGGUCUUCCUUUGGUUGUGCACUUUCGUUGCUGUUUCUGACUUUCUAUUUCUAUGCUCAAAAAAUUGAGCUAUCAUUUGUCAAGGACAUACGAUGGGUACCUAUUGCUUUUAUUAUUACCUUUAUUACUUCUUUUGGUCUAGGCUUGGGACCUAUUCCAAUGGUUAUGAUCGGUGAACUAUUUCGUAAUGAACAAAGAGCUUUAGGGGUUGCAACUAUUACUAUCUCACAAUGCGUGAUGACAGUUAUUAUAAAUUUUGCAUAUCCCUUACUUAAAGACGCAUAUGGAAUUUACUUGUGUAUGGGCAUCUACUGUUUAGCCACAUCAAUUUGUUCCGUUUUGUUAUUCUGUUAUUUACCGGAAACUAGGGGUAAAAGUUUGGCAGAAAUUCAGGAAAUUUUAAGUAAGUAAGAAUGAUUAAUAUCAAUGUGUAUUAUUGGCUUACCUUAUUACAUUGAGUUAAAUUCCAUAUAAGCAGAAACGUUUCUAAAGAAACUAGAUGGUUCAAGUGGUAAAAAUUAUGCUAGCUUUAUUAAAAACCUAAAAGUAUUAUUUUAGUAUAAAAAAUGUUUCUCAAAUUUUGCGAUAUUUCAGCUUUUAGAUAACCUCAAAAACCUCGAAAUGUGAUUGUACUUAUUUUUUGUAAUUUUGGAAUUAAUACAUAUUAAAAAAUUUUUUUAGUACUGAAUUUAUUUGAUUUUAUAAUUAUCUUCAAUUUUGGUAAUAAUAACUUUUUUCAAAAAACUUAUUCUUUUUAAGCUAUUUAUGGAUGGCCUUUUAAACCAUGCAUUUUUUUCACGAUAAAUUAAAAUUUUUGGUCUUUAAUAACUCAAAAAAUAUUGCUUUUUAUUAAUACCUAUAUAAUAAAUAUUGCUUAGAAUUUGCCCUCUGUCAAUUUAUAAGGAUAUUUUUAAUAAAAUAAUCUUCAACCCGAGAAGGGAUGGCAUCCACCCCACGGCAAAAGCGAAGUUGCCACUAUGUCACUUUUGUUUUUUGAGGUAUCCUCUAACCACUCAUCAAUUUUCGUGAAAAUCUCUGGAGGUUCACCGAAACCAAAGGUAAUAGCUCAUAAUUCUACUAUGUACUAUUGUUGUAAACAUGUCUUCAUGUUGAUUUCUACACAUGUUUACUUGAUUUGCCUAGUUAUCUUUUUCUCAAGUCUCCAACAUUCGAAGGUUUCACACUAUCUGAUUAGUUAUUUUUUUGAGUAUGUUUUCGUGGUUUGCCUUGAUUUGGUUAUUACGUCAGAGAUUUUUUAUCUGUUUAGAUUCACAUUUGCUUUCGUUAUCAUUUUUUAUAUAUCAAUAGAACUGAAUUAGACUGUGAAAAAACUAAUCAUCUGAAGACUUUUGUUACUAUUAGAGCUCGGGAAAUAUGCCAAAUGCAUAAUUAAGUGCAUAUGUGCAUAUUUUGGAUAAAUUUUGUAAGUGCAUAUGCAUUUAUUAAAAUUGCAUAUUUUUAGACUUUUUUGCAUAGAUGCAUUUUAAAGAGAAAUGAGAAGUCUCAGAUCUAAACAAUAAAUCUGAAAAUUCUCGUAUAGCCACUUUCUAGUAAUGACCCUAAUAUCUUCCUUUUACAAUAUAUAAGGCGAUAAAUAAAGGAGACGAAGGAGACUCUACAAUAUGCAGUCACAUUUUGUUAGUGAAAAUAUUUUGUUAUUGUUAAGUGAUGCUGCGCCAUAAGACCAAAAGUGGGCAACAUUUAAAAAUAUUUUUUCAAAUUUGUUGCUUGUCUAGAGCACGCUUCUGCUACAAAUAGGGUAGCAGGAGGCUACAAACUGUAAGGAUAGAAUUUCCAAUGGCCAAUACCCUUCUCUCAAAAUUAGAAACAUAUUUUUAAAGCCCUUCUGCGAGGAUAGGUGUAUAAAGACCGUUUUACUAAUGUGCUUGUACCACCUGAACCUGUGAUAACUAGAUGGAGAACAUGGUUAAAUUCUGUAAAUUUCAUAAACGAUAUUUUGAGGAAAUUAGAGACGUCAUUUCUGGUUUCGAUGUAGACGUAACUCAGGUGCUAUGAAAAAUGUGUGGAUGUUAAAAAAAAAACCGUUAUUAAAAAGUAAUUUGACACAUAUUCAAACCAAUUUUGUAAAUAUUGCUUAGCCAAUCACUAAAUUAGAAAAUCGAAACAUUUCUUUAGACCAAAGUAUUGAAAUUAUCAAUUCAUUAAAUGAAAUAAUUAAACACCUUGGUGAAACCAACAAAGUGUAUCAAAAAUUCUGCACGGCGUUAAAGAAAAAUGAAGAAUAUCACAAAAUAACUUAAAAAAAAUUAUAUUAAGAUGGGGAAAUGUGAAGAUAAUUUAAUUUUAUAGGUAAAACCCUCAAUUAAACAAUAUUUUAAGUUUGCUUCUUAGAAAAUUUGGAAAAACGUUUAAUAAUGUACAGCUUUCAUAAUAUUUGUAAUAAUAAAGAAUGAUGAUAAAUUUAAAGAAUAAAUGAAUAUAAUGAUGUAGGUUACAGAAAGUUCAAUAAAUAUUUUUUAUGUCAAGCAUAAAAAAAUUAUUUUUUUUAUUUAGCUUAAAUGCCUCGACAGUCCAUUGGCAUCAAAUAAAUAAUUAAAUACCUUCAAAACAAGGACUACCGUGUUGUUUAUUUAUAUGAAUUAAAUGCAUAAAAGCAUAUUUAAGUGCAUAUUUCAACGGUUUUUGUGCAUAUUUGCAUGCAUAUUUUAGGGUUUUUUAAGUGCAAAUUUCCCGAGCUCUAGUUAUUAUUGUAUUAUUAAGUAAAGUUAUAACUUAAAAUAUAUUAUACUUAAGGUAAUAUGCCAGUAGAAAUUAUUAUUUAUUACACAGUUGUUAAGUUGUUGUAUGAAUAAAAACCAGUUUUUGCUCA